GGCAGCUAGUACACAGACCGGGCUGUACGUCAUGGUGAUGGGUCCUGCUGAGAGCGGUGUAGAGGUGCAGCCGGGCACGAUGUCCCCCUGUGCCCAGACCUGGCUCCACCGCCUGUUGUCGAUGCGCUACUGGAAUGAAGUGAAAGAGCAGUGUAAGAUGGCAGGGCCUGUGUUCCUCUCACAAAUAAUGGUGUUCCUAAUUAAUAUUGUGAGCUCCAUAUUCUGUGGUCAUUUGGGCAAGAUUGAACUAGACUCUGUAACACUUGCUGUAGCCGUUAUAAAUGUAACCGGUAUAUCUGUGGGCUCUGGUUUAGCCUCUACUUGCGACACUCUCAUGUCUCAGAGCUACGGAGGAAAAAACAUGAAGCGCGUGGGGACAGUAUUACAGAGAGGGAUUCUGAUCCUGAUGUUGUGUUGUUUCCCAUGCUGGGCCAUAUUCAUCAACACUGAACAAGUGCUGCUCCUGUGUAGACAGGACCCAGAUGUUGCCAGGUUGACACAGACCUAUGUGAUGAUAUUUGUUCCUGCUCUCCCUGCAGUGUUCCUUUAUCAGCUACAGACACGAUACUUAACAAACCAGGGUAUAAUAUGGCCUCAAGUUAUUACAGGUCUUGCUGUAAACCUCAUUAAUGUAGCAGUGAAUGCCAUCUUUAUGUAUGGCCUGAAUCUGGGCGUGGUGGGAUCGGCAUGGUCAAACACAUUAUCACAGUUUGCAAUGUCUGGAUUGCUUUUUAUUUAUACUAUUUGGAAAAAGCUCCAUCUUUUAACCUGGGGAGGUUGGUCCAGGGAUUGCUUGCAGGAAUGGGGCUCCUUUAUACGCUUGGCCAUACCCAGCAUGCUCAUGGUGUGCAUUGAAUGGUGGAGCUUUGAAAUUGGAGGGUUCUUAGCAGGGCUUAUCAGUGUUGUGGAGCUGGGGGCUCAGGCUAUAAUGUUGGAACUAAUGACCGCUGCUUACAUGAUUUCUGUUGGAUUCAGUGUGGCUGCAAGUGUGAGGAUUGGGAAUGCUCUUGGAGCAGGAGAUGUGGAGCAAGCUAAAACAUCCUGUAAAGUUUCCCUAUUAUGCAUAGUGUUCUGUUCUGUUCUCACUGGUAGUUUGUUGGCCGGGCUAAAAGAUGUGAUAGCUUACAUUUUCACUUCAGACAGGGAGAUUGUUGCUCUGGUUUCUCGCCUCAUGCUCAUUUCUGCGCCAUUUCAUCUGUGUGAUGCUAUAGCUGGCACUUGUGCUGGUAUACUUAGAGGAUCUGGAAAGCAAAAGAUUGGUGCAAUUACAAAUGCUGUUGGUUAUUACCUUGUGGGUUUGCCUGUAGGAAUUUCAUUGAUGUUUGCAGGAAAACUUGGAGUAAUAGGCCUCUGGUCUGGAAUGAUGUUUCCGGUCUUUUUACAAGCCUCAUUUUUCAUGAUCUAUGUUUUGCGCAUGAACUGGGACAAAGUGUGUAAAGAGGCACAAGUUCGAGCAGGAGUAAAGAAAGAAGAUGAAGGGCCCAGCAUUUCACAGAAGGAAACUAGCCCAGGAUUUGGCAUGUGUUCAUUCGAUGAUGAAUAUUCUGCUGUGGAUCAAAGUAUAACUGCAGGUGCCGCCAUCUUGCCAGAUGUCUUUUUUAGUGAAAGUCACUCAGAUUAUCUGGUUCUUGAAGAUGAUCCAUCCGAGGCUUCCGAUAUAGUUGGCGAGGUCCUUUCCACAAGACAGCUGAUUUUCAGGCGGGGUCUAGUAGUCUGUUUAGCUGUAGUGGUGCUGCUGACUGGGAUCAUAAUUAAAGUUUUUACUGGUAACGGAUAGAGUGGUCAUGAAGCCAUAAACGGAGUUAAGCCAAUGUCUAGAAUCCACCCUGUCCAUACUGCAGUCCAUGUUCAGGUGACGGGCCACUCUGGAGUACAAAGGACAGUUGUUAAUGAAAUAAUUUCUAUUUUAAUUCCAGUCUUUAGAAUAAUUUCUCCAUUACAUGUCUUCUGACACAACUUCACUGAGACAAUAGUAAAAAGGAUCUGCCGUACACAGAGCUAGUGAUAUGGAUAAAUUUUAAAUAAAUUACCCGUAUCACUGCACACUGUGUGCAGCUGAGUCUUCCUACUGUCAUGGAUUGAAGAAUUGUUCCGCAGAGCACCAGUAACCUACAGUGUACGGUACAAUUUCUCCAUUAAUUAGAUCAGAGACAAGUUAUAUGUCAUUGGUUUAAUCAAAUAAACUGAGACACUGCCCCCUCCCCACACACACGGAUUGCUAGAACAAUAGGGCUGCAUGUGUUUCUCCUUACCAUUUAUAUCAAUAGAAGAUCCAGUGAUCCAGCCCUGUUGCCAUGUCAGUGAGAGUCUUGACAACUGUAUUCCCAGUGACAUGUCAGAUGAUGUGAAAUGUACUUCACUAUAAGUACAUUUAUCAAACUAUUUUACACUCUAGAAGUUUUUCUAUUAAAGGGGUUUUCCCAUCUUAGACAAUGGGGGCAUAUCGCUAGGAUAUGCCCCCAUUGUCUGAUAGGUGCGGGUCCCACCUCUGGUAUCCGCACCUACAAGGAGAACGGAGCGU